AUGUCGAGUAUUUUACUAGCCGUUAUAUUCCUUGUGAAUUUGGUAUUAUCGUCGGUCAUCCCUCAAACUGAUCUCAAAUUAUCAGUUGAAGAGCAAUCACAUUUAGAAGGUGACCCUUCUGUUACUCAUAAAGUAGUAUUUACAAUUAAACAUGGUGAUGAGUUAUUGGGUGAUUUGACUCUUGCAUUAUUUGGAGAAACAUGUCCCAUAACUGUUGAAAAUUUUUAUCAAUUAGCCAUUAGAGGAGAAGAUGGUCAAGGUUAUAAAAAUAGUAAAUUUCAUCGUAUUAUUAAUAAUUUUGUUAUACAAGGAGGUGAUUAUGAUGGUCGCGGUGGGAAACUGAUUUAUGGUGAUAGUUUUAAUGAUGAAAAUUUCAUUUUAAAACAUAAUAAAUUGGGGAGAUUAUCAAUGGCUAAUGCUGGACCAAAUACUAAUGGUGGACAAUUUUUCAUUUUAAAUGGUAAACCUACUCCACAUUUAGAUGGUCAUCAUGUAGUUUUUGGACAAUUGGUUGAUGGGUUUGAUACUUUACAGAAGAUAAGUACAGUUGAAACAAAAGAUUCAAGUCCUUUGAAACCAGUGGUUAUUAGUGAUGUUAAAACUGCCAUUGAUAAAUCAAAGGUAAACCAAAAGGAAGAAACAGGGACAUCGUCAUCUUCAGAAACUGAAGGAAUCACAGCAGUGUCAACUUCAGUUUAUAGCUAUUUGUUCAUAAUACUCUUGUUAGGUGUUGUUUUUGCUGCAUAUAAGAUGAUGCCCAGACGUGAUCAAAUCACUACUAUCAAAGAUUAA